AUGUAUCUGUCGCCUUCUAUUGUAAUCAUCGGUGCAGGUCCGAGUGGUCUGCUUUUCGCACGCCUUCUCGAAGUAAAUGGAUUCAAGAACUACGUCAUUUACGAACGUGACGAAUCUUCAUCCCCAGGCCCAUGGCAGCAAGGUGGCUCAUUAGAUAUUCACGGCCCGUCGGGUCAACAGGCUCUCAAAGAAGCCGGAUUGUUUGAAGAAUUCAAUACAGUCUAUGCCCGUUGGAAUGCCUCACGGAUCCGUAUUCUCAAACCCUCUGGCGAAACAUCGAUAUGCUUUGGUGAGGAUCGUAACGCACCAGAGAUUGAUCGUCUGCAGCUACGCCAGCUUCUACUCAACUCUAUACCCGCCCACAAGAUCAAAUGGGGCCACGGUGUGCGCCGUAUUGAGAGAAGUGACAAUGAGUCUGAUGACAGUGCUUAUCGAUACGUUAUUCAAUUUAUCAACGGCAGCUCGGCCACUGGAUUUAAGCUUAUCGUUGGAGCUGACGGAGGCUGGAGCAAAGUGCGCCCUCUAAUAUCAGCAGCUCAGCCUGUCUAUUGCGGGAAAAUGUACAUUGAGAGUAGAAUCUCACACAACAACAAAAGCUACAAAGCAGCCUACGAUUUGGCCGGCCCCGGAAUGAUGAUGGCAGUGGGUCCAAACCGAAGCUUAAUCCUUCAACAAUCGGGGGACGGAACGUACAAAAUGUACUUUGGCAUCACUGCUGCUAAAGACUUCUAUGAACACCGUAAUGACGGUGCUACGAAGAAGUCUGAGGCUAUUCGAAAAUUGAUGGUGUCUUCAGACAAGUUCUACGCGAAUUGGGCACCGCAUCUCAAAGCCAUUGUAGCUGAUGCAGAAGGACCAUUCCGUGCCUGGAGCUUGCACUAUCUAAGACCGGAAGAGGUAGAUUGGAACCGCGAUGUUGCUCCAGGCGUGACCUUACUCGGAGAUGCGGCGCAUCUUUCAACUCCUUUCGUAGGAGAGGGGGUAAAUUGUGCCAUGUAUGAUGCUGUAGUCUUGGUCAAACGACUCGUUGAGCUUUGUGGCAAAAGUCCCGAUAUCACAACGGUGCCAGCAUCGAAAUUGGAAGAGGCCCUUGCUUCAUACGAGAAAGAAAUGUUUGAACGUGGGCGCGACUUGAUAAGGCGCAGUACGAAAAGUGAAGCACUGCUCUUCGACGAAAACGGGGAGGAGACUUUCCCUGCCUCGAUGCGUGGAGAACACGAGAAGCUUUUUUAUGACGGGAGGACUUCCACCCGUGCCUAA